ACCCUCCAUUUUGAUUUCCCUCUGAUAUUACUUACUUAGUCUCCAACAACAAUGGCGACUGCGAGACCUUACUGUUCCUUUCGUUUGAAAUAUCUUCAUCAUCUCAAUAAGACUAUUGCUGGCCUUCUUGUUCUUGUUCUUGUUCUUACUAGUUAUAGAUGUGAGGCUUCUGAACUCAGACUUGAUUACUAUGCUUCGUCUUGCCCUACUGUGUUUGAUGUUAUUCACAAGGAAGUAGAGUGUGCUGUUCAAUCUGAUCCUCGUAAUGCAGCCAUGGUUCUUCGUCUUCACUUCCAUGACUGUUUUGUCCAGGGAUGCGAUGGAUCCGUUUUGCUGGACGAUACAGUGACACUAAAAGGAGAAAAGAAAGCGUCCACAAAUAUCCAUUCUCUGAAAGGCUUCGGUCUGAUUGACAGAAUCAAGAACAUGGUGGAAUCAGAAUGCCCUGGAAUUGUCUCUUGUGCUGAUCUUCUCACUAUUGCUGCUAGAGAUGCUGUCGUUCUGGUUGGUGGACCUUACUGGGAUGUUCCUGUGGGAAGGAAGGAUUCUAAAACUGCAAAUUUUGCACUUGCAAGCACCAACCUUCCAAAUCCAGGUGACAGCCUUCUCUCCAUCAUUUCCAAGUUUCUCCAUCAAGGCCUAUCAGUCACUGAUAUGGUUGCUCUCUCAGGAGCCCAUACGAUCGGCAUGGCACGGUGUCAAAGUUUCCGGCCGAGGAUUUACGGCGACUUCGAGGUGACUUCUGAGAAAGAUGCCGUCUCUGAGAGUCACCUGAGAGAUCUGAGAUCCAUGUGUCCACUGACAGAGGGAGGAUCAACAGAAAAUAACGUAACAGCUAUGGAUUAUGUCACCCCUAAUCUCUUUGACAAUUCUUAUUACAACUUGCUUCUGAGCCAGGGAUUGCUUAACUCAGAUCAAGAACUGUAUUCGAGUGUGUUUGGGAUUCAAACCAGAGAGCUUGUUAAGAAGUAUGCUUUGGACCCUCUUGCUUUUUUCCAGCAAUUCUCAGAUUCCAUGGUGAAGAUGGGGAAUAUUGUGACCGAAAGCUUUGUUGAUGGAGAAGUCAGAACGAAUUGCAGAUUUGUUAACACUUGAAGUUCACUGAUCUGAGAUUGGUUUUCGUGUUUUGUU